GAUGGUUUUCGCUCACCAAUCGUAAAAAUCAAUAUUGCAUGUUCUCGGAAUCGCCUCCCUUGCUGACUUGCGAAAGUAGACGUUACCGUGUACGUUGACUUGUAAUAAUUGUUCAGAAAUGGAUGAGCCUAUGGAAGCGGAGGCAGAUUCUACUCAGCCUGAUUUAGCCCCAGACGAUGAUGACCAUCGAGUAAGACAUCAUCCCCUAUUACGUCCAGGAAGCAUGGUGAUGAUGACAAUUACAGUAGAAGAUUACAAGACACAGUACUGGCCGAAGUUGGAAGGAGCCAUAAAUCAGCUGCUGAGCAUGACUCCCGGACAAUACAUACCUAUUUCUUAUGAACAAAUGUACAGCUGUGUUUACAAAUGUGUUUGUAAGCAGUUCUCGGAGAAGCUUUACACAGAUCUGAUGUAUCACAUGGCUCAACAUCUAGAGAAGCUGAAUGAACAGCUGAAGGCAUUGAUGCAGAGUGAAGAACCCAAGUCUUUCAUUGAGAAGUUCUCAUUUAUUUUAAAUCAGUACCUACAGGCUUUAGGUGGCAUUGUUCCAAUUUUUAAUUAUAUGAAUAGAUUUUAUGUUGAAACCAAACUAAAAACAGAUUUGAAUGAGGAGCUGAAGAAAUUAUUUCAACAACACGUAUUAGAUCAACAUGUAGAAUUUAUUCUGUCCUUACUGGAAGAGGCCAAUUCAAAGCCAUUCACCAUAUCUCCUCCAACCAUGGCCAACACUGUCAAGAACCUACACUCCGUCAAUCCAGACUACGCGAAGAUAAAACCCAGCCUCUUCUCCCGCUACCUUCCCACGGUUCUUCCUUCCACCUCCGUUAACGACCUGGAACAAUACAUAGCGGAAACAAAACAGAUGCAGGAGGAUAUGAGGACGCUACAGGAAUUAAGGGGGUGUGACUUCAAACGAAAAAGAGCUGAUGAUGACUUACCGGUAAAAUGAGGAGGAAAUGUUAUGGACUUUGAAAUGACUGUGAUAUUGUUCAGGAAGCCAGACGGGCCUCUGAUUUUUCCUGUUGAUUUGACAUGACUGUUGUAGAAUUCAUGCUCUCCGGUUUAGGAUUGAAAACCUCCAUGCCAAUUAAACCUGCAUUGAUUUGUUUUUACAUGAACUAUAGGCAUUACAAUUGUGUUUGGUAUGUUUCACCUUGUGUUUUAUAAAGCCUUUUGUCAUGUGUUCAUUUCUUAAUCUCGCAAAAAGUCUUUGUUAUCUUUUUUUUUUCAUACUUGAAUUAAGAAUUCCAUUUAUCUAAAGGCUAAAUAUAUGUAUGCAGAGUAUUAGCGAACUGUUUUUAUCUAAAUGUCAUGUUAAUGUAAGAUGUGUGUCCAGCGAGAAAGUGUAUGGUUGUGGAUAAGUGUGCUUUGUAUUGACAAGUAGUAGUUGUAAUAUUGUCAGCAAUAUUGUGACGAGAUUGAUAGGUGAAAUAUUCUGCUGUUGAGUGAAAAUGUACACUUUUAGCUUGGUAGAGCCAGAAACUUAAAUGGGCUUUUCUUGUUGAAGUUUGUAAACUUUUAACAUGGGUUGUUCAGACCCAUUGUCACUGGGAGGACUCAAGUUUUAAAUAGAAAUGGAUAGGAAGAUACUUUAAGGGUUAUUUUACAGCAUAGAUUGAUAUAUGCCCAAAUCCUAAUCCCUGGGUGGGACCACUUAACCAAAUAUUCACAUAGGAACUUGUUGGAAAUAUUCUUUUUGUAAGAACAACAAAUAUCUAAUCUGAUUAAAACCACCCCAAAAAUCGCUACCAUUACCUGUCAGAGUGAAUUUAAAAGUGGCAUAUAGAAACUGCUUUUGAGAACCUUCUUUGCAAUAUUUAAAUGUAAAGUAUUUACAUGUAGUUAACAAUGUAUCUUGUCUGGAAUAAAGUUGUCUAAUCAUGGGUUUGAGAAGGGGACAUAACUACAGCCCUAAAGCUGACAAAGGAGUCGUGUAUUUCUAUACAAACACGGCCUCUCAGGGGGAACAUUUAUAUGGACAAUGGAGUUUUUGUAUGUACUACAAGUUUAGUUUUCUGUAUUUGAAUUUGGAAGAUUGAAUAAUUAGAUUUUUCCCAUCACUUGAAUCUGUUCAGACAUAUUAGGAAAAACUAAUAGGAUGCUACAUUUACCUAUACUAAUUGUAAAAUACAUUAUAUAUUGUCAAAAAGUCGUGAGAUUUAAUGAAGAUUUAUCAACUAUUAUCAGAAAGUUUACUUUUCAGAAGUAUUGAUAUAUUAUAACUCACUCACUAGACUGUUAUAAAACUGAGUUUAUAUUGACAUUUAGUUUCUGAUAAUCUGAUGUAUUUAAAUCUUAUUUUAUUCCAGUUGUUGGGUGUGAUACAGGUUUUAUUUGGAAAUUAGAUGAAGCUUUGUUGAUUCUUCCCUACAUUUCUAUUUACUUACACAAACAUUUCAUGUUUCACAGUCAGGACUAAGUCUCCAGCAAUUUGAAAAUCAACCUUCGGAUCUGAUGUUGAAUUUUAUAAUUUUAUGAUUUAGAAAUCUCAAUUGUCAAAGAUCAUUCAGUACUGAGAAUCAGGUAUAUUUACAAUACUUUAUUCUGUGCUGUGAAUUGGGUAAAUUUACGAUUCUUUAUUUUGCUGUAAAUCACGUAACUUUACGAUACUUUGUUCUGUAAUGUGAAUAAUGUAUAUUUGCAAUACUUUAUUCUUUAACGUGAAUAGCAUAUAUUUGCGAUACUUUAUUCUGUAACGUAAAUCACGUAAUUUUAUGAUACUUUGUUCUGUAAUUUGAAUAACGUAUAUUUGCAAUACUUUAUUCUACAUCCCUGCUCUCUAGGAUUUUAACAGAUAGACGUAACUUUCUCCAGUGUUCAGAUUGUUCACUUUUACAUAAAUACAGAACCCAAUUUUUGCAUCAAGACAACAUUGUAAAGUUAUGCAAGUUCUCCCAAAUGAAAUAUGAUCUACAGUAAAGUGAAUUGUCCCAGAAUUUGUAGGAAGGGAGAAGUCAUGAACAGUUUGUGUCGAUCUCCGGGGAUUUUACCACAGACACAAAUUCUGCGAUUUAAGUGAUGUAAUUCUGACAUUAAUGUAGGGAGAAGACAUCUUGUUGGGUUUUUAGGUAUUUCGUGGACAUUUUAGGAAUUUGUAACUUGACUUUAACUGCAGUUAAUCAACUAUUCAAAUUUGGAAUUUGUUUGAAAUCGGCAUUUGGCAAAAAGUAAUUAGUCUUUAGUUUUUCAGGCACUGUCUCAUCAGACUGGAAGCUACCACAUCAAUUUUAUCUCGGCAUAUGUAAAUGGGGAAUAACUCAAUUUCUCUUUCAACCAUUUGAUACAGAAAUGUCUUGAAUAAUGAGUUUAGAAUAAUUGUACAAAAAAGAAUCAAAAUUUCAUUUGAAAAAGAAAGAUAACUCAUGCUACAACUAUUAUUUGAAUAAGGGAUUGAGGGGAGUAAUGGAAAUAGAAAAAAAAUCUGCUGGCUCCAUUAAAUGUUUUUAUGGGCUUGAGAAACUAAAGAUUAUUUUAGUUAUUUUUUUUUUUUUUUUUUUUGCCUUAGUUUUGAACUCCAUGGCUAUUUUAUCAUUUUUUUUUUUCUGUAAAUGUUUGUUGAAUAAUUGUUAUGGUGUACAUUAACUUGAAUAAAAAGACACAUUGAA